ACGGGCGCCGCCAUCUUUAAGGUCACGUGUGCCUUGACGUUUGCUGCGUUUGCCGUGACCUGUCCUGCCUGUCCUUGCGUUCGCCCAGCCAGCACGCUUUGCGCUUUGCAUUGAGUGCCACACCCCUGUGGUUGCAAGGCGGGACACCCAAAUCGGAGACGAGCCAUCUAGUAGUAAGCAGUGCCCAACGCAGUCCUUCGUAAGAGAGACGAAGACCAUGAAUGACAGCGUGACGAGAUUUCACAUUUGCGCGCUGCAAGGGAAUAAAGCAGAACUCCGGAAGAUGCUAUGCAAUCCCUCUCUACUUGAAGCCAAAGACCACAUUGGAAGAACACUACUCUUCUAUAGUGUCAUGGGAAACAACGAACAAUGUUUGUCUCUUCUUCUCAAGUCCGGGGCACGAGUGGAUAACGGUGACAACGAUGGCCAGACACCCUUGCAUCUUGCUUCACACAAGGGUUUAAAAGGAUGUAUGAAGUUUUUACUGGCUGCAGGAGCUGUGUGGCACCAGAAGGACAUAAGAGGUGUGACAGCCCUGCAUCUGGCUGCUCAUAAUCCAAAUUCUAAGGCUCUCGCUCUCAUAUUGGACUUUGUACCUCCAGGGCAGUUGGAUUUGCAGGAUGCCUGCAAGAGGACAGCAUUGCAUUUUAGUGCCUCUUUCUGCAUCCCUGAAAAUGUGCGAAUGCUACUAAAGCAGGAUGCCAAUGCAUUAAUUCAGGAUGAGAAUGGCCAGACGCCACUGCACAUGUGCGCUUCCAGGAAUGAUAUAGGAGCACUGGAAUGUGCCAGGGUCCUUCUGGAAAGAUGUCCAAGCCUCAUCAACUGGCAGGAUUAUGAAGGCCAGACAGCACUUCACUUGGCAGUUGCUCAGGGGUUAGAGGACAUGGUGGAUUUUCUGACAUCAAGGCCUCUGUGUGACCUCAACCUGGUGGAUAAUCUCUUCCGAACUCCUCUGCAUUGGGCUGCUGCACUUGGGAUGCCCGCAAUGGCCGAGCUGCUGCUGGACCGGAGAGCUGAUCCAUUGUGUGCAGAUGGAAAGGGUGCAACACCACUUCAUUAUGCAGCUCAGCAAAAUGACAUAUCAACAGUAAUGGUCCUCCUGUUACGAGGUUGCUCAGGGGAAAUGAGUGAUCAGAAAGGUGUGCCUCCCCUCAUAUGGGCUGCUCAUGCUGGAGCUACUGAUGUAAUUCGUGCUCUCUACAUGCAUGGUGUUACUCUCGAUUAUGCUCCCAUCUGUGGAACAACAGCACUCCAUCAUGGAGCAGCAAAGGGACAUAAUGGAGUUGUGGAGCUACUCUUGGAUCUGGGUUGUCAAGUGAAUGUGCCCGAUGGAGAGGGUAUGACACCUUUGGCUUUUGCUUGUAAAGAGGGCAAUGCCCACACCUUACCCCUAUUACUGGAUGCGUGUGCUUCACUGCGAGACAGCGACAUCUGUGGCCGGACACCCCUUCACUGGGCAGCUAAAGAAAAUCAUGCCUGCAUAUGUCAGCUGUUGAUCAAGCAUGGCUACCACGUAAACAUUCGAGAUAAUUAUGGUAUGACUCCAUUACACUAUGCCAGUUUGGAGGGCCAUCUAAGCUGCAUGUUGGUCCUUCUUGAGAACGGCGCAGAUCCAAACGUAUUGGAGCAUCAGGGCAAAACAGCAUUGCAUUUGGCAAGUAAAGCUGGUCACUCGAAUGUGGUGGAACUGUUGUACAGUCAUCAGGCAAAGGUAAACUGUAUGGAUGUGGAUAGGUUGACUGCGUUGGAUUACACUAUAUCUGGAGGACAUUCUCAAAUCAUCCAGUUUUUGCUCAGCAGGGGAACGUUCACAUCGAAUGCGAUUCGGGAAAUAGCUGCUUGCGUCUUGCAGUCGUUCUUCAAGGAGCAUUUUUGGCACAUCAAAGCUGCCUUUGUGUCCACGAACUCAAAGAGUGCAAAGCACAAGGACCUCUUUCUGACAGAAGGGAAGAAGGAUGCCAGACGUGAGACAGGAAGCCAAACAAUAAGUGAACAACACGUAGCCCUGUGUGUGGAACACACCAGAGAUGUAGCUGCUCUUCGAAUACAGCGAGCGUGGAGAAGGUACACUGUUGGCCAGAUGCAGUUACGUGCGCAAGAGAGGGUUCUUAGGCUCUUUGAGUCACAAGAACAGAGACAACAGGCCCAGCAGGAAUGGAACUGCUUUAUGGACAAAUUACAAAGGCUAGGAUUUCAAGUCUGAAGUGGCUCCCGUACACAAAGAUGACUGUUGAACAAAAAUUUUACUUAAAUACUUUAUUCGGUUAUUUUAUGACAAAUAAUUUUGCUGUUCAUUUGCAAAUCUCAGUAAUCUCCUUUAUGCACUGGGAAAUGUUGUUUUUAGUACAGUAGUUUACAGGUACAGUAGUGUACAGUACAGUUUACAGUACAGUACAGUACAGUUUACAGUAGUGUACAGUAGUUUCAGGCCAAGUGUGCUUCUGAAGUGGAACCUGGCUGUUUUUCCAUAAACCAAGCAAGCAAGUGAUUCCACCUGGGAAAUAUGGGGAAAAUAAGCAUCUGUGAGUGAAGUCACACCAUCGCGUUGCAAGUGCUAUGACUGCAAAGGGAAUAUUGGUGUCACCAUAUCCGACCGGCACGAUAGACCUCUCCCAUUAUCAACAAAAUGUAUAUGGAGGCCAUUUUUUUUCUUUCCUUUGCACUUCCAGUGCUUAGAAACGAGGAUUUUAGCAAUUACACCUUGUGAAAUACGUGGAGGGAGCUUUUUUAUGAUUUCUUAGGCAAUUUGAGGCUUUGUUUGUAUCUGUCCCUUCUAUGUUGUUCCAGCCUCAGAACAUCAGUUUCUCUCUUGAGCUUUCUUAGUCGAGGUAGAGUCAAGUCUACCCAAAUGAUUCUGUAACGUGACACGGUACGUCGCUACUUAUCCUCUAAGUAAGUGAGUAGCACUCUGCAGUUUCUUGACGAGUAAGACUAAUGAAAGUGCAGAGAAAACAUGAGUUGUACUCUACUCUUGAGAAACACAGAGAAGACAGAUGUUUACCCCCAGAUCAGCCGCCCCAAAGUCAUCCGCGUCUCUAAGUCCUGCUGAGCAUGCCACGAGUCGUCGAAUUUCACCCUCAGAAAGGAUAUACGUAUCAUUAAAGAAUCAAUCUCCACUGGCAGA